CGUCAUAGCAGCGUAUGACGUUAUUACGCUUAGCAAUAACUUUAUGUUACUUAGAGAAUUAAAGAUGCCAAAGAUGUUGUGAUGGAUAAAAAAGGAUUUGAAGGAGAAAACUCCUUCCGCAACAUGUUUCAUAGAAAAAAGAAGGAUAAAAGCUAUCUGUUGACUGCGCUGAAACAGUUGACAAUAGCAACAGAAGAGCAGGUUUCUGUUAUAAAAUCUCUGACAGAUCAGAACAAGAUUUAUCAAGAUUGGCACCAAGUACAAGAGACAUUACUCAGUAAAGCAGCUGAACUGCAGAAGUUGAAAGAUCAAAACGAAACCCUCCAAGAAAACUUGGUUACAACACUUGAAAGGUUAGAAAAAGCCAAGGAAGAGAUUUUUGCUAAAGAAGAACGAGAACAACACUUUGAAGAAGCCAACAAUAAACUCUCCGAAGAUCUAAAAUUAAGCGCAAGAAAUUUAGCAGAAACACAAACGCAGCUUGCUCUUUAUCAAGAAAGAUUUAAAUACGCCGACGAAGAAAAUAAAGCUCUCAAAACAACCUCCGAAAAGUACAAAGUUGAGCUCGAGGCGAUAAAGUCAGAAUUUGUUGACGAGCAUAUGAAGUCAAAGCUCCUUGAGCAGGAGGUCGUUUAUCACACAGAAAUGAUGGAGUUCAAUAAUAAAGCACGUUUAGAGAUGACGAGGCAACUUGAAGACAUGCGCGAAACCAUGCGCAAAGAACGGAUAGGAGCAAUCAGUACAGAAUUAAGUAUCGACGCUGAAAAUGAAUGCCUGAAGUUUGACGUCCAUUCUCUUUCAAAAGAGAUAAAGAAAUUGUCAGAACAGUUGACCACAAUACAACAUGAGAAAGUUCUGAUGAUGUCAUAUUAUACAAGACAGCUGAAUGAGAGGGCAACUGUAUCCCACCAAGAUAACGAACUCCGUGCAGCACGUGCAAUUACAAUUAACACAACAGAUGGAUGCUUGAGUCUUGGCAGCACAAAAAUGGCAGAAGAAAUGCACCCUGACGUCCCAGAAAACAUUACUUUAAAAAAUAAGCUAAUGGAUCUAGAAAACAAACUGUUCCGUCGUGAACAAUUGAUAGAAGAGUUGGUUGCUAACAUCAAAGACAAAGAUCCAGAUUUCAACAUUCAGAAUGACCCAAACCUUAAAAUUUAUCUUGAUGCUAGCUCAUCACAGAUCAGUUUAGAGGCUGGUGGUGUACAGUGUAAUAAUUCCAGUAACCAGACAUUGCAUCGAGCCAGGAACCACCAUACAAAAAACAACAGCGCCAGUCGCCGGCUAGCAGAUAAAGAGUUAUGUAACACCAGCAAGGAGAUUAAAAGACACAAAAGUUAUAUUAACAAUCAUCAAUUGCUUAUUGUCAAAUAAAACAUAAAACAGAAUUGGAACAGAAUAAACUUUAAAGUUAA